AUGCGAGACAACAACACAUGCAGUGACGCCCUCUACGGACAAUUGUCGUCACGGUUUGAGUGCCAAACAACGGAUCCCAUCGAUGGUUGUGCGCUGAAGAGCACCACAACACACACCACGCCAUCACUAAUGGAGAGCAACGGAGCGCUCGAAGCGAACGCCUCGUCGUCGCUGUUGUUCGCGGCGGCCGUCGGAGGCGGCGGACAACCAAACGGCGUCUCCUUUCAGGACUUCUUCGACGACCGGAGUAUCGAUAGUUUGGAUCAACUAGUCUUCGACGGCAGUCACAUGAGCGCCGCCGCCAGUCAUGAGUUCACGAGUGGCUACGAGUUGGCGGCCAAUGAGCGCCACCGCGACGGCCGCACCGAUAGUACGCCACUCGAUGGCCGUCUGACGGGUGAUAACGGCAGCGACGACGAGGAGGAGGCGACGGAUGAGCGCAACGACGGCAACGAGUCGUCCAUCGGGUGUGACGUCCCCUUCGAGUACGUCAUUCAUGAGCACCAAAAUGACAGGUAUUUCGGUGGACACCGAUCAGUGACACCACUCGUCGUCUUCGACACCAAUCAAACGAGUGCUUUGAUGGCCACCAAUGAGUCGGCCGUUGAUUGCCAUCAAUGGACCGCACGUUUGAUCUACAUCCACCACACCAUCAGCCAGGACUCGAUCGCACUGCACAUAAACCCGGGCACCGGUCCUAUGCCUCGUCACCCGUCGCACGUGACGCUCACCAUCGAGACGCGAGACGAGGCUUCGGGUCUCAAAGAGAUCAAACGGUUCCGGUGUACGUACGAGGGGUGCGCGCGUACGUACAGCACCGCCGGCAACCUCAAGACCCACCAGAAGACCCACACCGGGGAGUAUACGUUCGUCUGCUCG